AUGUUAUACAACAGUCUUCAUUUCCCUACCUGCCUCAUCAUCGUCGCCGCUGCCAACUUCAACCGCAUCCCAAAGCUUCCGAUCAUCACUCCCAUAAGCCCAACUACAGAGCAAAUAGUAAAAGAAAUUCCCGACACUCAGAACCGCCAGCAGCCAGUAGUAAUAGUCGUAGUGCCCGCGGUUCAAAUCAUUCCCCACCCAACUCACCCUCCUGCCACCCUUCCCGUGAUGUCAUCAACCACCGACACGAUCAAGCUCCCGGCCAAGUUCCCAGCGCCGAGCCCCAGCUACACCAACGCCAUGGCAACACUCCUCAUGCUCGGCGGAAACUGCGAGUAG